AUGAACGGUUCUCAAGCACAAGGAGAAAAUAUUGCGGAUAUUGGUGGAUUGAAAGAAGCUUUUUUCGCCUAUCAAGAUUGGGUUCGACUAAGAGGAACAGAAGAAAAAAAAUUACCCGGUUUACAAAAAUAUUCACCUGAGCAAUUGUUCUUUAUCAACUUCGGCUACAUGUGGUGUUCGAAAAUCACAGAUGAAUUAACUCUUGCAUAUAUUUUACAAGAUGUACAUUCAUUAUCACAGUUCAGAGUGCAUGGUUCAACGUCGAAUUUUGAUGAAUUCGAUCGAGUCUUCGGCUGUAAACCUGGCCAAGGUAACAGUCGAGUGAACAAAUGUAGUGUUUGGUAA